UAUGGCGCCACACACGUUCAUGGGAGAAUAAGACGUUGACUUGAAAACUGUCUGUUUUUUUUCCUUCUUUUCGUUCACAGCUGUCCGUUGUGCUCAUGUACAAUUACUGAGGAGCAGGAGAGGGUGUAUGAAGUAAAAUGGCAGCACAGGGAGGCGACUUGUUCCAGGAGAAGAUCAGCAGGUUACUCAGCAGACAGAAUGGAAAACCAGUACUCAAACCCAACAGAACGCUGGCUUUGAGAGAUGCUGUAGCUAACCGCAAACUGAAGAAAGGAGAGGCAACCUGUGUCACAGAGAUGUCAGUCUUGAUGGCCUGUUGGAAGCAAAAUAACUUUGUGGACAGUCUCUGCUCUAAUGAGAUGAAGGCUUUUUACACAUGUGUUGAAAAGGCUCAGGCUGCCAUGAGGAAUAAGUCUGACCAAACCAGCAUCCAGGGGGGGCGUUUGCACCCAAAACAAGCCACAACCCUGCUGAAGAGAUAUCCCAACCUGCGCAAUGAGAUCUAGGAAACAAAUGUUUCAAUGAAUAAGCCAUACAGGUGCAGGGUAAAAAGAGGCCAUCAGACUCUUGUAACUCUGUUUCAUCAUGGCAAGCUGUUGUCCAGAGUUGUCAACAGCUUUUUGAUCCAAUAUACAUUUAUUAAAUAAUUAAAUCCAGGAGCAUAACAAUGAGAAACGCACUGCACUACACUUUCAGUAUGUAAUAUCAGAAUGCUAAAGUUUAUUCAAUCAUUUCAUAUUGCUGCUGUAAUGGUACACCCUUUGUAUUCACAACACACUGUGUUUUAUGGUUUGAAAUAUAAUGUGACUUUCUCCUCAUGUCCCAAAUUGGCCCUGAUGAAAGUUAUGCCAUUUUGUCUCAGUCCAUUUUUGCAGAGUGGUCUCAUUCAUUGCAGAGAUGUUAUUAGUGGGUGUGAUGGAAUUAUUCUCCUUAGGUUCCAUGGCUCCUGGCUCGGAGUUUCCUGUUAUCGCUGAACACUUCUAUGGUUUGUCGUGCUUGCGGCUAAGAUUGACAUUUAAAUAAAAUCAGCCAAACUCAGACAGAUAACGUUAGACACAGUACUAGUAAGAAAAGAUCAGUUUGGUUGUUUAGAAUAUUCCUGAAUGCAUUUCAGUUGCUUAGGCCUUAAUCUGUCCUCACCAUGUGCUUAACUGGUGCUCCAAACUCACACCAGUAUUACUCUACUGACUAAUAAUAUUUUGUUAAAGGUAUGUUGUGUUAUUUAAGAAGUCUUCCAGUGUUGCAUUUUUCUGAUCUCUUUUGUCAGAUGACUGCCAAACAAGCAGCCUUUUCAAUGCAAGAAGGCUCCAAAUUCACAUAACACAAGCAUCAUGUAUGUUUAGAGUUUGUCUCCUGCUUUGACUUUCUAACAGUUCUUGUAAUAAAGAGCUACUGAAUGCA